AUGACUCGCUCGCGCGCCAGGCGUGCGCAUGAUUUUGCUGGAGACCAAAAUCACAGAAGUGAUUUGCUAUCUCACUUGUAUCUUCCAGAGGCGAAACGUUGCUUUGAAGGCUUCAUUCGUCUCAGCGAGGUCAUCGGAAAAGAGGAGUUUGCUCUGACCGAAGAGGAGUUUAGGGAAGGCUUGCUGGCAGACAACAUGCUUCAAGACGCCAGCAAGGUUUCCUUCUAUGGCCUUGCAGGGAACGCCCCACAGAAUGUCGGCGAAAACCACGGAGAACCCAGGUGCAUGGUACCCGGUACCCUUUGUUCAAGGUGA